UCGUUUGGCGAGGGAAGUGCCACCGUGUCCAAAGUGUACGAUACUCGAGUCUGGUCCGGGGACGUGCGGUUGUUUACGGCGGCUGUGCCAGGUCCAACGUGCUCCAGUUUUAUUGCUGACGGCUUCUCCUCCUCGUUUCAAGGGUCGGUGUAUGAAACCUCCAAUCUGGAUCGAGGCGGCGGCAACAGGAAGAAGAAGAUAGAGGAAUUCUCUAGGUCUUCUCGAGAGAAACUGGUCCAGUCGAAGAACAAAAUGUUCUCCAAAUUCACCUCGAUCCUCCAGCACGCGGUGGAAGCGCUUGCCCCAUCGCUGCCCUUGCAGGAGGACUUUGUCUAUCACUGGAAGGCCAUUACACAUUAUUACAUCGAGACUUCAGAUGACAAAGCUCCAGUCACAGACACCAACAUCCCAUCCCACCUGGAACAGAUGCUGGACAUCCUGACCCAGGAGGAAGGGGAGAGGGAGUCUGGAGAGACGGGGCCCUGCAUGGAGUAUCUCCUACACCAUAAGAUCCUGGAGACUCUCUACACCUUGGGCAAGGCUGAUUGUCCUCCAGGAAUGAAGCAGCAGGUGCUAACCUUCUACACAAAGCUGCUAGCCCACAUUCGUCAGCCUCUCCUGCCACAUAUCAACGUUCACAGACCUGUACAGAAACUAGUCCGUCUGUGUGGGGACGUGCUCGCUGCGCCGACAGAAAAUGAAGAGAUCCAGUUCCUUUGUAUAGUUUGUGCUAAGCUGAAGCAGGACCCAUAUCUUGUGAACUUCUUCCUUGAGAACAAGUCAAAGAAACCUGAGUUGAGGAGUCCUGGAAGAGCCGAGUCUGUGAAGGCUCCAGACACUGGUCAGUCUCUCCCAGGGGAACAGGCGGGGGGCCCAGAGGAGCCACAGGCUGCUGCUGCCGCCUCCACCUCGAGUCCAACCAGCAACAACAACAACAACAGUAACAAUUACAAUCUGGUCACCUCCCUCCUCAACCUCACUAAAAGCCCUGAUGGCAGGAUAGUGGUGAAGGCGUGUGAAGGCCUAAUGCUGCUGGUCAGUUUACCAGAGCCUGCUGCUGCCAAGUGUAUAAUUGAAAACACGGAGCUCUGUGAGCUUCUGACUGACAGGCUGGUCUCCUUCUACAAAGCCCUGCCACAGUGCUUGGACCCCCUGGACAUUGAGACAGUGGAGGCAGUCAACUGGGGUCUGGAUGUAUACAACCAGAAGGAGGAUGCUGCUGUGUUCACAGGGAAGAGGGCUCUCAUCAGCUUCCUGUCCUGGCUAGAUUACUGUGACCAGCUUAUCAAGGAGGCUAACAAGUUGGCUGCCACAGUGAUGGCAAAAGCAGUCAGGGAAAGAUUCUUUGUGUCUGUGAUGGAACCACAGCUCAUGCAGACGUCUGAGGUUGGAAUCCUGACGUCCACCGCCCUGCUGAACAGGAUCAUCAGGCAGGUGACCUCAGAGGCUCUGCUGCAGGAGAUGGUUUACUUCCUGCUGGGAGAGGAGAAAGAUGCAGAGACUCCAGCGACUGUCGCCCAGACUCCUCUCAGACACAGACUCAUUGAGCACUGUGACCACCUGUCCGACGAGAUCAGCAUCAUGACGCUGCGGCUGUUCGAGCAUCUCAUUCAGAAGCCCAACGAGCACAUCCUCCACAGCUUGGUGCUGCGGAGCCUGGAUGAGAGGAACUACCUGGAGAACAAACCGCAGGAGGAGCGGGAGCCGCUGGAGAACGGCCAGCCCCACGACGCCGUCGACCUCGAGGAGGAUCCACUGUUCGGUGACGACCUCUCUCCAGACAGCAGGCUGUCUGGUUCUGAUUGGCUCAGCUCCUCUCCACCGCAGAGUCCCGACCACUCCAAGUCCGACGGGAAGACGGAAGUCCACAAGAUUGUCAACAGUUUCUUGUGCCUGGUGCCUGAUGAGGCCAAGUCAUCGAAUCACGUUGAAGGAACAGGCUAUGACACCUACCUCAGAGACGCUCACAGACAGUUCAGGGACUUCUGUGGGGUGUGCCAGCGGUGGGACUGGAGGGGAAAUCCUAAACCUUUCGAGAAGUGUAACUUGGACAACCCCUUCUUUGAGGGACAUUUCCUCAAGGUCCUCUUUGACCGGAUGGGUCGCAUCCUCGAUCAGCCGUACGACGUGAACCUGCAGGUGACGGCCGUGCUGUCCAAGCUGUCUUUGUUACCACACCCCCACCUACACGAGUACCUGCUGGACCCUUAUAUCAGCCUGGCCCCGGGCUGCAGGUCACUGUUCUCUGUCAUCGUCAGGGUGGUGGGAGAUCUCAUGUUGAGGAUCCAUCGCAUCCCAGACUUCACCCCCAAACUGCUGCUCGUGAGGAAGAGGUUAUUAGGUCUGGAGCCAGAGGGCAUCAAUAUCGACCACAUGACUCUGCUGGAGGGCGUGAUCGUGCUCGAGGAGUUCUGCAAAGAGCUGGCGGCCAUCGCCUUCGUCAAAUACCACGCAGCUGCCGCCUCCUCGCCGUAAUCCUUCCUGCUGUUCGUCCAUCUGCCUCAGCCAGGCAGACCGGGGUCGGGAUGAAACCGGGCCUUUGGGGUGUACUGGUGACACAGGGUCGGCAAAACAUUACAACUAACCACUCAUCCCUGCAAGACUGUUAAAGCCCACACGGACGUGGUUUCCUCACUCCCCCCCCCCCCCCCCCCCCUCUAGCCUCUCGGGCGCUACUGUAUAAAAGGUCAGACACUGCCCAGCAGCCAGCAGAGGAAGAGGAGGAUGAGGAGGAGGAUUCGAGAGGCUGAGGUGCAGGGAGACGCUGCAUUGUCUCUCCCGAUCCCCCCACCAUCUUUCUUUCUCACCAGCCAAAAGAUGAUAGCCCUGUAAUUACUAUGUCAAGGGGAAAAGAUGUUGUGUAUUUAUUUUUCCUGUCCCGUUGUCGCCCAUUUGUAAAAGUCAAUGCCUUAGUGUGUGAUCACACCUUUCAGUUACAGAAAUGUGUUUCUUUUUGAAACAUUUAAAAAAACUAUCUCUGCUCUCUCACAUGUUGUCUGUUUGAAGACAAGAGGCUGCAAAGAAACUACCCACUACUCCUCAACCCUAAUGUGUGUGUGUGUAGUUACAAAAGUCCUGACGUGCAGUAUUCACGAUACUGCACUCCCUUUUUAAAUACCAAGUCGUCUUAUUAUUUAUUUGUUUGCUUUCAGGUUGCCUUUUUAAACUCGCUUGUGCUGUCAGAGCUCAUCUUUGAUCACCGUCGCCCAAAGACCCAUCUCAUUUCCUCCUGUGAAAUGGUGAAUUUAGCAAGAUAUGGUAAAUUUGCACAUGAACCUCAUUGCAUCACGUUGCACGUGUUACAUUAUUCGACUUCAUUCAUGCCUUUUUUGUCGUUGGCUUUUAGGAAAGAGACACCUUGUUUUUGAUUCUGCAGCAAAUUUUGUUUUCCUAAAUCUCGCUUCUCCAGACCCAGUGUUGAUUUUCUCACACAGUGUUUAUUUAAAUCAGAGAUAAUCUGUGUUAUUGUUUUUACAGCAAUAUUUAGUUUACUCUAGUCAUGGAAGGGUGCAGAGGAUAAAAACCUCUGGAGAUACCGUCGCUUACAGCCGUGGACCUGAAAUCAGAUUGGAUUUAUUUUUAAAAUCAGCCGGCCUUUGUGCAAACAAGUGCAAACCUCCUCCAAGGUGUCAACUUAACCUCCUCGGCAAAGUAGAAAGUAAGAAAAGACAAUUAAAAGAACAAAAUGUUUCAAAUGUAAACCACUGUCUGUGGCUGCAGUGUCCUUAGAGCUUUGUGUUCCUCUGCAAGUUGUCACCACCUCCUAUGUGUAGUUGCGUUUACUUCAGUAUUACUUCUUCAUGCAGAAUAAGAAGGACGAGGAAACAGUGCUGUGCACGGCCGGAGCAGGGUUCACUCUGUCUGGUGGCUUCAAAUCAAAGUCUUACCCCACUUACAUCUGGUUUGAAUUCUUCUGUAUCAAGAUCUUAACGUUAACUUUAUUUCCUGUCAGAUGUUGCCGUGUGAAUGACUGAUUGGUUGGUCGGUGUGAAUGGCGAUGACCUUGUUCGUGUGUGUGUGGGCAGAGUGUUGAAUGGAAGCUGUGAGUCCCCGGUCUGGAGCUUUGAUUUAUUUUUUCCUCUGACAUAUCUCAAGCACCUGAACGACAUUAUGCAACAGCUUGCAUGGAAUCAGAUUUGCACAUUGUUUUUCUUCAUCCACAUUUAUUAUGUAAAUAUAAUGAAAAAAAGCUUUUUGUUCUCUAAAUAUUUUCUUUCAUACACCAAAAAAAAAAAUCUAGGUUGUAUCAUGAGUAACGUUUCUAUUUUAAUGUGACACUUUUUCACAAUAAUUGUCAAUCAUGAAAAUUUUCUAAAAAUCAACUACUCUUUUCUGUACAGUUGUAUAUUGUAUGUGUACAAUAGCGAUGGAGAUAUACUACCUGGUGUAAUAUGCAUGCUUAUACAUACGUUUCCAUUCUGGUGAGGGAGAGAAAAGAGGCGGACGUGCUGUGGUUAUUUGUGAGCUGUCAGCACUUUGCUCUGACCCGACCGGGAGAAACAAUGCCUUGCUUCACACUGUGGAUCUCUGACCAUGCCCCUGAUGGAUGUGGGGGGGCUUUGCUGCCUCACUACAGUGUGUUGUGAUCUUACUGUGCUUCUGUCUCUUGUGUUUGGUUUGUGAAGAUGUACAGAACUCUUUUGAGUUUAAAUCUGAUUUGCCAACUGAUUUCAGACCAGUCACUGUAUCAUGCAUUGCUGCUUUCCUCCCUAUCCUCAUGCUUCUUCACCCUCGUGGCCACUUCGAUUAUGUGAUUGUGUAGAAGCUUUAACAGAUUAAGAUAAAAAUGCAUGCAGUCCCCCCCGCCUCCCAGUCCCUCACAGAGUAACCAUCACUUCACUGUUCAUUUACUCAUCAGCAGCCAUCUUCACCUCACUGCUCCUCUUUGGUUUCAUUCAGGACAAUAUGGUUUUAUUUCACAUGCUCCGUCCCAACUACAAAUAAAGAUAAAGGUCUUCAGCAGGA